GCCCCUUUCCCGUCCCCUCCCACUCAGGGUGGGGGAUCUUGCGGCCAGGCUUUGCCCUGGCGGGCCUCCCUCCCUCCCUGCCUUUUAUGUCAGUUACAGUCAGUAGCCCUCCGUUUUGGGGGGUUAUUUAACUUUUGUGCAAUGAAUGUGUGAGUGGUCGGGGCCAAGUAAACAAUAAGUGCUAAAUAAAUAUCCUUGCAACCCAUGUUUACUAAGUAUUGACUCUGGCCAGUAAUUUCACUCAGGGUCAUUUGGAAACCUCAUUCUUGUUGUGGGUCUAGGUUGUGUUCAUCCUGCUUUUUGUUGGAUUUUAUAUUUGACUGAACUGAGGUACCAGUGAUCCUUUAACUAAUGUGCCUUCCUUUACCAGCUUGCUUUUCUAUUAUUUUUGUUACAGUGAUGGCAAUGUAGAUAGAUGCUUUUAUCUCAACUUUUAAUCUUUUUGCAGAAUUAGACAGAAUGUUGUCAUCUGUGCACAGACAGGAUAACGAUAUUCCAUCAGAGUUGCAUGUUCAACAAAAGUUGUCUUCUCCUGAUGUUGCUGAGUUUUCAGCAUGCAUGGAGGAGGAACCCUUGAAGCAGAAUUGGAGUUCAUUUACCAAAGUUAUGGAUAAACAUCAGACCAAGCUGAAAGAACUGUCACCACAGCUCAAAAGCAGAUCACAGGAAAACUUCCUAGAACAAAACCUGAGUGAAAGUGAAAUGAGAUGGUUGAAAGAAGAUGAAAUUGCCACAUUAGAGGAAAAGAUUCUUGAAGCAGAGAUGGCAAUCAGUUCAACAGAAAUGUUUUUGCCUUCAUUUAAAGUCACUAUUGCUGGAAUGACAAAUGUGUGUAACCUUUCUACAUCAGAUAUGAUUAAGAUUUCUAAACAAGAGGAUUUACUGAUAAAGGAACUGGAGACUCUCAAACACAUAAAAGGAUUAUUACUACACCUACUUAGAACAACAGAGCAUAAAGAAAUAAGCAGUAAACAAAUUGACAUUUUGAUGCAGAAGUUAACUGAAAGUGAAACUGAAAAUGAUGGUCUCAGAAAAGAAACACUUGAAACAGAGAAGCAUAUUGUAGAGCUUUCUUCUCAGCUUCAACAGGAAAAAGCAAAUGCACUAAAAGCAGAUCACCUAUCAAAGUCAGUAGAAGCUGUACAAGCCCAUCUGCAAUGCCAGAUUCAAAAAAAGGAGGCUGAGAAUGAUCAGUUGAAAGCAAAAAUACAGACUCUGGAAAAGAAAAUAACUGAGUGGAAGCUUCAAAUUGGAAAACACAAGCACCAAAUUUUAGCUGUAAAGGAAACAAAUGAGCAAAAGAAGAAAGCUCUGAAAAAAGCAACCAGAGCCCAGAAACAAAGAGCUGAAUGUUUUGAAGCAUCUGUUGAAAAACUAACUUCCAAAAUUAGAAAGAGGGAAGUCAAAUUGUCUGAAGUACUUUCAGCUUCCAGUGUCUGGAAAAAUCAUCAUGAGAAGGCUGUAGAAGAAAAGACUCGGUUAGAGGUUCAAUUUGAAAGUCUGAAGAAACAGAUCACAAACCUUUUGGAGGACAUGAAAAAAAUACAAGAUCGUGGAAGAAAUUCAAAUGAAGAAAUCCAUGGAAAGCUUAAUUCUAUCAAUUCAGAAAGUGCAAAUAUUCGUCUUGAAAAUGCAAAAUUAAAGGCUUUACUUGCUGCUUUGGAAGACAACACUGUUUCGGCUGAAGCUGAACUUUUAAACCUGCAAGAAAAAGUAAAGCAGCAGGAAAACCUUGCUGAACAGUAUAAAAUUCAGGUACAAAAAUUACAAACAGAAGCAGAAGAACUGAAAGCCAGAUACAAAAAAGUGUUAAAUGAAAACAAAAUAAUAACAGAAGCCAAAGAUUUAGAGAUAAGUGAGGUGAGGAGCCAGAUACAGGCUCAACUGAAGGAGUUAGAACAUGUUCGUGACUUACUGAAAGUAGCUGAAGAGAGGCUGCAGGAGUAUCAGGAAAAUCUGUUGUCCUAUAAAAGGAGUUAUGCAGACAAAUCCAAAACCAUUAGGGAGCUACAGGUUCAGAUGGAUGACAACAACAGGUUCUUGAGAAACCAUUCUUUGGAAGAGGAAAACUAUAACAUUCAGAAGAAAUAUAAAUAUCUUAAAAGACAGUUAGAAAAGAUGGAAGUACAAAAUGAAGAACUUGCACAUCAGCUGGCAAACCAAGAGGAGAGUCUUCAGCACAGUGAAUUGCAGCUUAAAGAGAAAUUAGCAGAAUAUGAUGCUUUAGCCAGACAGUUGGAGGCUGCUUUGGAAGAAGGCAGAAAAAAGGAGUCUGAAGAGGUGGAAAAAAUGUCAUCCAAGGAGAGAGCUCUUCAGACAAAAAUAUUGACUCUGGAAACCGAAUUGAGAGAGAGACGAGAGGAGCAAAAGCGACUUGUCUGCAAAUUAAACAAUAGAGAGAAACAUCAGGAAGUAUGUUUGAAAGAAUUAGAGCACAAUCUACAAAAAUCAGAAAACCAGAACCACAGCAUCCACAAUUAUGUACAGUUCUUGAAAAACUCAUAUGUAACAAUGUUUGGCUGAUUUUUUUAAUUUAGAAUAUUUUAAAUAAUAAGGGCAGAAUCUUGGAAGGCGCUGAGUGUCCUUAACUCUCAGUGAAGUCAAUGGAAGUGGAGGACACUUUGCUGGAUUGAACCCUGUAUCAUUAGGGCUUCAUAGCGAAACUCUCGCUCCAAGUUUUGCAGAAUUGAGCCUACCCUGAUGUAUAUACACUGGUCGAUCAUGUGCUGAAUGUUUACAUGGCAUUACUAAUCUAAAAAUGGCAUUACUAAUCUUCAUUUCUUGAACAAUAGUGAAGGAAAAACUGCGCAAUCUCCAGGAAAGAUGUGUGUUCCUGUUAUUCAAUGUACUUCCGUUGCUGUAGAAAUAUCACUGGAUUCAAUUUGCAUUCCAGCUACCAUGAUAGUAAUAGAAAUACUAUUCUUAAUAUUUUGUAAAUGUAAUAUAUAAUUGAAAGAAAAUCCAUUCAAAUUAUUAUAUGGAGGCACUAAAUGUGGUGACAAUCCUCCUGAUAAUGGCCCCAAUUCAACAAGGUAUUUAAGAAUAUCCCUAAUUUUAAGCACAUUAAUAAUUCAUUUGAAGUCAAUGGGAUUACUCAUGUGCCUAAAACAAACCACAUGCCUAAGUACCUAGCUGAACUGGGGCCAGUAUGAAGGAAAAUCCUGAUUAUGUAAGUUGGUUUUCUGUAGCAAUAGUAUAAAAUAUUCUUACAGAAUUGUGAUAUAGUUUUUAAAGGAUAACAGAUUCAGAUAACAUCUAAACAUCUCAAUAUAUAAAUUUUAAGUGUAUAUUAAAUAUCCUAUAAAUGUCCUUUUUAUAUAAAAAUAUAACUGAUGUUACUUAUUUUGUUUUACAUGCACAUGUUUUAACUAUAAUCUUUUCUCAACAUAUAACAAACUACUAGCAAUGAAAUAUUUAUUGGUGCAUCAGUGUUUUCUUUUUUACUUUGCAAUUAGGUAUCCAUAUCAACAAGCUAAUGGUAUAUGAAGUAUUAUUCUGUUGGUUUACACUCUACACUUUUUUUUUUUAAGAAAACUAUUAUUUAAGUAUAUUUGAUU